UCAAAUGUAAAUACAAACAAGGGCGCCAGAACAUGUGUUUUUAAAAUGCUGAAAACAUUGAUAUAGACCUACAUCAUGUAUCAAGAUGAGGAAAUCAUACAUGAAUUUCAAGUUUAAUAGACUGAUUUAACCAGAGUUAGAGGCCUGAAAUGCAAAGCAGUUACAAAAUAUUCAUCCCUGUUGAUGGGAUAAAAUACUCUGAUUUGUUUGACUGGUCUGAUCCUUCACAAAAAUGUAAAGUAGUACAAACUUCAAUACAGCGUCCUGGUUUACUGCGACAGAAUAGUAGAACUGGUUCCUUAAUCAACUGUAAUGAGCAGAAAAUAGCCUUGUUCAGACAUGGAGUAGAUGUGUUUGCCAUUAAUGAAAAAUGUCCACAUGCAGGUGGUCCACUGCAUUUAGGAGACAUUGAAGAAAUGCCAGAUAAUACUUUAUGUAUACGAUGUCCGUGGCAUAGCUGGAGGUUUGAUUUACUGACUGGGAAAGUAAGAAUGCCAAAAGGACAAAACCGUGAAGCCAAAGUUUAUCCUGUCAAUGUUGGAGAAAAUGGAAAACUCUCUAUAGGGUUUGAUGAAUUUAAUGCUAGAUAUUUUAGUGGAGACAUUGAUUUUUAAUCAUAGCUGAUACAUGAAGAGGGUAACUAAUAUCCCAGAAGAUGAUAGGCUACAUCUAGAAGAGAAUCGUUACUCCUUGACUUCAGAGAGGUUAGGGAAGACUGCAGAAAUAUGUAAAAGAGUUUAUAAAUUUUUUUCAGAAAAGAUACAGAAAAUAGCAGUGUGAAUUUGUAAUUUUAUUGUAGCCUUGUGAAAUUAGAUCUUAACCAUGUUAACAAGGAAAUUGGUAUUAUUGUUAUUUAAAAAAAAUGUUCCUUGUUAGUUAUUUUGUUAAAGAUUGGAAUUUAUCUAUUUGUAAGCAACUUGGCUGCCAGUGGCUUAAAAUGCAUGUUUACCUGAAAAAUAUCAAAAAUUGUAUUUAUGGAUGUAUAAUCCAUUUUUCAAAAUAACAAAUUUCCUGGAGGUUUGUAUGAGGACUUGAGCAAAAAUAGUAUGCAGGCUUUGACAAAAUUAAGAAUUAAAUUAUCCAUUUAAAUGUUUUUUUCUCCUCAAUCCACUUAAAUUGGUACCCACAUACACAAACGAAUCCACACUAUUUUAUUUGCAUCGACAAUUUUUUUUUCACUUCAGUCUCACUAAAAGAAAGCCUACUAUACAUGUACAAUUAAUGGGUAGUAUAUAUUAAGUAUAAAAUUUGUUAUUGAUAUUUGUUUAAUAUGUUCUGUAAUGCAUGUUUGAAUGUCUUUUACAGUUUAUACAUUGUACAUGUUAGAGUUAAAACAUGCAAAGAUGAUAAAAAAGUGCAUUAAAUGUUUUUGAUGAAUUGAAUUACAGUAUAUUUCUAGUCCAAUGAAAAUUGCUUGUUAUCAUACAAAUGUAUUGUGUAUAUUUAGUUUGUUAUAGUUUUUAUGAAGUAUAUUGGUUACUUUUAGUUUCAAUGUUAUGAUAGACACUUAAAGAUAUUAAGGAGAGAAGUUGUUGAAGUGGUAGAAAAAGAUAAGGAUUAGAAAAAGUACACAAAAAAAAGAAAUAGCCAAAAAAAAAGCAUAGUAAUUUAAAAUCCUUUUUUAAUUCCCUAAUAUAAAAUGCUCAUGUAAAGUAGUUUGUUUAAAAAGGUGACAUUUGUGAUUGUUACAUAUUUGAGUUUUAUUUUCAUUACAGUAAAUUUAAAACAAAAUAGGUUUUUUUUACCAUUAUAACUUUCAUUUCAAUAACCCAUAAUUUGUUAUGCUAAUGUUAUCAGAUAUAAUAGGGCAUGUUUACAUAUGAAGUCAAAUACAAUCAAAAUUAAGAAACCCGUGCUUCAGUUGUGUUUUGUCUUUUUUUUUAGGUUUUUAGAAGAAUUUCAGAUUUUGUGGGCAUUUUUUAACAAAUAUUAUUAAUCUUGUAUGUCAUGUAUGUUCUUGCCAAAUCUUUUUUUUUUGUAAUGGAAGUUGUCAAUGUGAUUUGUUAAUUAGUUGUAAAUACAGGUUGUUUUUUUAAAUACAUAUCAGUUUUAUGCCCAAAAAAAAAUCUGUAAAGCAAAAAUCGGAGCAACUGUAGGUUUUCUUGUAAUUUUUUUAACAAUGUAUUCAAAUUUUAGAUGUUAUUGCUUCAGAGAUGAUUUUUGUAUCGUAGAGUUGUUGAUAUAUUUGCCCUUUUGUCUCUUGUGAAUAGUUACAUGUAUCAUUCCAUAUCUUUUUAUUUUUGAAGUUUUAUGUUCAAUGGGAGAUAACCCACAAUUUUUGUUUAUUUUUUUUUGUUUAUUUUUUUUUGUUUAAACA